AUGUAACCAUCCAAUAAAAGCUUAGAAGAGUAUUAAGAAGAAAGAAUGAAAUUCACAAACUCUUGGACUUUCAUGAUGACUGCUCUAGGCUUCGCUGCAGGCUUCGGAAGUGUUUGGAGAUUUCCUUAUUGUAAGUUUCUCAUCACUAUAUAGUGGUAUUUAAAAAUGGAGGAGGAACAUUCCUUAUUCCUUACUUUCUUCUUGUUUUCACACUUGCCAUUCCAUUAUUCUUCCUAGAAGUUGGACUUGGGUAAACAAAAGGAAUGGGAUUUGCUCAUCUUAUCGCCUCAGAAAAACCAAAAUUAGCAGGUUUUGGAUUCAUUGGCAUCAUAAUAGCCUCUUAUGUUUCUACAUAUUAUGUAAUUCUAAUCUAAUACUAGAAUUUAAUUAUGGCAUAUUCCUUUCGAUUUUUAUGGGAUUCCUUCAAAUAUCCCUUGCCUUGGUUAUAAAGCAUUAUAAAUGAAGAACAACCUUUUUCCAAGAACUAUUUUUAUGGUGAAAUUCUUCAAAUAUCAGAUUCAAUCACAAACAUAAGUAUUAAUUUUUAAUAUUUAAUAUUAGAUGAAAUAGUAUGGAGUUUACUUAUUGCGUAUAUGGUUUCAUUAACAAUUGUCUAUUUAAUUAUUAAGUAUUUACUCUUGUAUAUCACUUUAGGGAAGGAGUAGGAACCUCAGGAAAAAUAGCAAUAGUGACAGCCACUUCCCCUUAUUUUUUAUUAGUGAUUCUACUAAUAAGGGGCUUGAUGCUUGAAGGUUCUAGUGAAGGAAUUUAUUAUUUAUUUAAACCAGACUUUGUUAAAUUAUUUAAUCCCUCUGUUUGGGUAGAUGCUGCUAAUUAGGUCAUAUUUCAAAUGAAUGUCGGUUUGGCUAUUCUAUGCUUAUAUGGCAGCUAUAGAAAGAAGGAUGAUAAUCUACCUAAUUUCUCUUAUGCUAUUCCAAUAAUUACAUCCUUAUGUGGUAUGCUUGCGGGAUUAGUAGUGUUUAGUUACAUUGGACAUGUUAGCGUUAAAUUCAAUAUUCCUAUAGAUGAAUUGCCAGUAAUUAUCAUAAUAUAAAUAGCUAUCUGGCCCAGAUUUGGCAUUUGUUUUAUAUCCAGCAAUUUUAGCGUAGAUGCCGAUGCCAAAUUUAUGGUGUAUUUUAUUCUUUUGUGUUCUUGUUUUAUUGGGAGUUGAUACAUAAUUUGGAUUUGUAGACCUGAUUGCUGGAACAAUAGAGGAUGCUUGUUUAGGAGAAGUAAUUUUGUUUGGAUAUAAACUGACAGUUCAAUAAGUUCGAUUGGGAAUCUGUAUUGCAUUGGGAAUUUUAGGAUCAAUCUAUUGUACUGAUAUUGGAUUUUACCUACUUGAAUUUGUAGAUUUGUAUGGAACUACUAUUUCUUUUAUGGGAGGAUUGCUCUUUGAAGUUUUUUAUUUUGGAAAUCCACAAAGAUUUAGCAAAUUCAAAAAGGACUUAGAAGAAUGUAAUAUUUAGAUCCCAGCAUUUAUUGAAUUUUCUAUCGUUAAACUAUGUCAUUUUACAGUAGUCAUUCUAUUGAUAAUAUCAGUGAUUCAAUAGAUUAGAGGGUCCUUAAAUUACGAUGGAUUUUUUAUAGUUGUUGGAUGGAUUAUAUCUCUUUUACCUUUUCUAUGGGCAUUAAUAAUAUAUAUAUAGUAAAUGUUUUUUUUAAUUUUAGGAAAAGAAAUGAAAAAGAAGAGAAAACCGAAGAUGUGGAAUUAAACUUACUUGAAAAAAAUUGA